AUGGCCAAAAAAUUUAAAUACGAUAUUUAUACAUUAAUAGAAGUUAUAGAAAGUAAAGAAUGUUUGUGGGAUAAAACCAAGGAAGUGUCCAAAGAUAAAAUUUUGCGUAGAAAUGCAUGGCGCGAUGUUUGUGCCUUUUUAGAGCCGAACUUUGAGGAUAUGGACCAGAAAAACAAAGACGAAAUUACAAGUGCUGUCAUGAACGAGUGGCUUCCACCAACUGAUUUCACUCCAGCAGGAAACCCAGCAGUUCACACCUCAGCAAGGAAACCAACUGAUUUCACCCCAGCAUGA